CGAUAUUUGACAAGAGAGCAGAGGCGUCCACGUCAACACUCAGACGGGCUGCCGGGUGACGGCUGUGGUUCCUUCUACUUCUUGUAACCUGCCACACAGUUGAUUAUAUUACAGAAUAUUAGCGAGUGAUCACAACAAUGUUAACCAAGUUUGAGACCAAGAGUGCCCGAGUGAAGGGUCUGUCUUUUCACCCCAAGCGUCCCUGGGUUCUCGUAAGUCUGCACAGCGGCAUCAUUCAGCUAUGGGACUACCGAAUGUGUACCUUGGUGGACAAAUUUGAUGAGCAUGAGGGUCCCGUGCGCGCCGUCUGCUUCCACCAGCAACAGCCGCUCUUCGUGUCCGGCGGCGACGACUACAAGAUCAAGGUGUGGAACUACAAACUGCGACGAUGCCUCUUCACCUUGCUGGGCCAUCUGGACUACAUUCGUACCACUGAGUUCCACCAGGAGUACCCAUGGAUCCUCUCUGCCUCGGAUGACCAGACCAUCCGCAUCUGGAACUGGCAGAGUCGAUCUUGUGUCUCCAUCCUGACGGGCCAUAACCACUAUGUGAUGUGUGCCCGCUUCCACCCCUCCCAGGAUCUCAUUGUGUCAGCCUCCUUGGAUCUGACUGUUCGUGUAUGGGACAUCUCAGGUAUUCCCGGCAAACCUGGAGGACUACGCAAGAAGAAUGUGUCUCCUGGCAUGGGGGGGCUGGUGGGUGGGGAUGACCACCAUACCCGAAAUCCAGAGCUGUUCAGCACUGGAGAUGCCACUGUGCGUCACGUGCUGGAGGGCCAUGACCGUGGUGUCAACUGGGCUGCCUUCCAUCCCACCUUGCCUCUCAUCAUAUCAGGUUCAGAUGACAGGCAGGUCAAGCUGUGGAGGAUGAAUGAGAGCAAGGCCUGGGAGGUGGAUUCCUGCCGUGGGCACUACAACAAUGUGUCCUGCGUCAUGUUCCAUCCAAGGCAGGAACUGAUUCUCUCCAACUCUGAGGACAAAUCCAUCAGGGUAUGGGACAUGGCCAAGCGGAUCUGCCUCCACACCUUCCGCCGUGAACACGACCGCUUCUGGGUGCUGGCUGCCCAUCCCACCCUGAACCUGUUUGCUGCUGGCCAUGACAGUGGAAUGAUCAUCUUCAAGCUGGAGCGUGAGAGGCCAGCUUACGCCCAGCACGGCAACCUCCUGUACUACGUGAAGGAGCGCUUCCUCCGUCGCCUGGACCUCACCAAGAACAAGGAUGUGGCAGUGAUGCAGCUGCGUGCUGGCUCUCGCUCCCCUGUCUACAGCAUGUCCUUCAAUCCAGCUGAGCAUGCCAUCCUCCUCAAUACCCGCACCCAUAACCUGGACAACAGCACUUAUGAUCUUUAUCAGAUCCCCAAAGACUCAGACCCACAAAAUCCAGACACCCCUGACUCCAAGCGCUCAGCUGGCCUCACUGCUGUCUGGGUGGCCAGAAACAGGUUUGCUGUCAUGGACAAAAGCCACCAACUGGUGAUUAAGAACAUGCAGAAUGAGGUAACCAAGAAGGUGACAACACAGCCAUGUGAUGAAAUCUUCUAUGCUGGUACUGGUAUGCUGCUGCUGCGAGACAGUGAUGGGGUCUCACUCUUUGAUGUUCAGCAGAAGAGGGUGCUGGGGACAGCACGCAUUGCCAAGUGCCGCUAUGUGGUGUGGUCUGGCAACAUGACCACAGUGGCACUCUUAUCCAAGCACACCAUCCUCAUCUGCAAUCGGAAGCUGGAGCGGCUCUGUUCCAUCACUGAGACUAACCGUGUCAAGUCCGGCUCCUGGGAUGACAGUGGAGUGUUUGUGUACACAACCAGCAAUCACAUCAAGUAUGCCCUAACCAAUGGUGACCAUGGAAUCAUUCGCACUCUGGAGCUUCCCGUGUACGUGACACGUGUGUCUGGCAGCUCUGUGUACUGUCUUGACAGGCAGGCUACACCUCGUGUCCUCACUAUUGAUCCCACAGAGUUCCGCUUCAAGUUGGCUCUUGUCCAGCGCAAAUAUGAUGAGGUUCUGCAGAUGGUGCGUGGAGCUAAGCUGGUGGGUCAGUCUAUCAUUGCCUACCUGCAGAAGAAGGGUUAUCCUGAAGUGGCUCUCCACUUUGUGAAGGAUGAACGGACAAGAUUUCUCCUUGCUCUUGAAUGUGGUAACAUUGAUGUGGCUUUGGAUGCUGCCAAAGCCCUGGAUGAUAAGGGCUGCUGGGAGAAGCUAGCAGAGCAUGCUCUUCUUCAUGGCAACCACCCGGUGGUGGAGUACUGCUACCAGCAAACCAAGAACUAUGACAAGCUCUCCUUCCUGUACCUCAUCACGGGGAACCUUGCCAAGCUGCGCCGUAUGAUGAAGAUCAACGAGAUCCGCAAGGACUAUGAGGGCUGGUACACCAAUGCCCUCUACCUGGGGGAUGUGCCCGAACGGAUUCGUGUCCUGAAGGCUUGUGGCAAAACAUCCCUGGCUUUGCUGACGGCCACAACUCAUGGCUUCACACAGGAGGCAGAGUCACUGUCUGCCCAUGUGGAAGGAGGAGUCAUGUAUGAGCCUCUUCCUAAUGCACAGCUCCUGCAGCCACCUGUCCCUGUGUACCCAAGUGACACAGCCUGGCCACUCCUCACAGUAGCCAAGGGCUUCUUUGAUAGUGCUGUAGGCAGUGGGAAGAAUGCUGCUACAGCUUCAGCUAUGGCACUCUCUGUGGAUGAUGCUGGUGAUGUAGCUGGAGAUGGAUGGGGAGAUGAGGAUGAAGAAGAAGGAGAUUUGGAUGUUGCCAUGGAAGGGGGUGAGGGUGAAGGUGGAGGCUGGGAGGUGGAGGAUGACCUGGACCUGCCACCUGAUUUGGAGGGUGUUAGCACAGCUGGAGCUGCAGAUGGUGAGGAUGGUUAUUUUGUACCACCACCACGUGGCCAUCCUCCCACCCAGGGCUGGACACAGCGCAGCCACCUUGCCCUUGAUCAUGUGCUGGCAGGAGCAUUUGAGUCUGCUACACGUCUGCUGCAUGACCAGGUUGGGGUGGUGAACUUUGAGCCAUACCGUUCACUCUUCCUGUCAUCUUUUGCUCAUUGCCGCACAAGUUACCCAGGAGCUCCAGGAUUGCCCUCGCUCUUCUCCUACCCUGCUCGUAACUGGCGCACAGCCACGCACAAGGAUCAUCUUCCUGCCCUGGGUCUGAAGCUCUCAAGCCUCAUGGAUAGACUCAAAGAAGCAUCUCAGCUCACUACCGCAGCCAAGUUCACAGAAGCUGUUGACAAACUGAGAGGGAUCCUGUUGGCCAUACCAUUACUUGUUGUAGACACCAAACAAGAGGUGAGUGAAGCACAAAACUUGCUGCGAGUUUGUAAGGAGUAUGUGGUGGGCAUCAGCAUGGAGCUCUACCGCAAGGGCUUGGGAAAGGCAACUCCUGAGGAGCAGUGUCGGUCUCUGGAGCUGGCAGCAUACUUCACCCACUGUGAGCUGCAGCCAGGGCACCAGAUCCUCACCUUGAGAACAGCUGUCAAUCUGGCCUUCAAAAUGAAGAAUUAUAAAAUGGCCAUGAGCUUUGGUCGCCGCCUUCUCAACUUGGGCCCAAGACCUGAGAUUGCCCAGAACAUCAGAAAAGUGGUUCAGGUGUGUGAAAAGAACCCAGUUGAUGAGAUCUCCCUUCAGUAUGACGAACACAAUCCCUUCACUGUGUGCGCGUCCUCCUAUGUACCCAUCUACCGUGGCAAGCCUGAGGUGCAGUGUCCCCUCUGUGGUGCCUCCUACCUGCCAGAACACCGUGGCAUCACCUGCACUGUCUGUACUGUGGCCCAAGUAGGAAAGGACUGUGUGGGCCUCAGAAUAUCUCCAUUGCAGUUUCGGUAGAUAGAUGGGAGAUGGAGAUGUCUUGGCUGCUGAUCUGCUAGAAAGUGAAUAGCCUCAGUAGGUUUGCAGUGAUAGUCUUGAACAGAUAUACUUGCAUAUCCUUGCUCUAUAUAUAUAUGUAUGUGUGUAGAACUAAGAGAAUUAAUUAUUUGUCAAAUUUAAGAUGAUCUAUUAUUAUUUGGAAUACAGAACUGCAUUACUGGUCUUAGUUAAUCAACAUAGUUCUGAUAUGUCUUGAGAUUUUGUUAUACUUAAGUUGGUGAAGCAUUCAUGUUUUUCUUUACUUGUUUGAUAGUGGAUAUAUUUUUAACUACUGUGUUUUCUUACUUUAUUGUUAUGCUACAUCAUAGAAUAUUUAUUUGAAAUAAAAAUGGAACCAAA